UCUUCAAUACACCCUCAUAAAUGUUCAUAAAAUCCAAAGCAUUUUCCAAUAUAUCGGAUCUCUCUGAUUAUCCAGGCAUUUUCUCAACAUAACAAUCUCACGCCUUUGACUCGAAAAAGUUCCCGGGCACGUGGUCACUAGCUAACGCCAGGGCUGACUUGAUGGAGUUGUGUUGACCCCAUUCAAAGUUCUUUUUCUUGGAAUUACAGAGUCAGAAUGGAGUCAAGGGCCGUUUUCCUAUGUCUUGCUUGUUUUUGCCUACCACAGUUAACAUUAGUGUCGGCCAGGAGUGUUAAUAAGGCCUUGAACAUGAUAAGGAAUGAGAUAACCGAUCAUCAAGUUGAAGCGAACAAAAUAAUGGACUUCUUGACUAAAGGACCAGGAAAGCAUCAAGUUUACGACAGACUUGCAAAAUUUGUCGAUACAUUUGGCAGUCGAGUUGCAGGCUCUGCCAAUCUGGAGUAUGCUAUAAAUUACAUGCUCGAUGAACUGAAAGAGGACAAGCUUGAUAAUGUACAUGGUGAAGAAGUGAAUGUAACCCACUGGGUGCGUGGUAAGGAAUCAGCCAAAAUGAUUACGCCCAGGAAUCACUCUAUUGCCCUGCUUGGCCUCGGAGGCAGUGUAGGUACUCUGCCUGAAGGUAUCACUGCAGAAGUUUUGGUUGUGGGCUCAUUUGAUGAACUUCAUGCCAAGGCCUUCGAGGCAAAGGGUAAAAUUAUGGUUUUUAAUGAGAAGUGGAUCAGUUAUGGAAAGACAGUGGCUUAUCGAGUAUAUGGCGCUAUAGAGGUGGCUAAAGUUGGUGGUCUUGCCUCCCUCAUCCGUUCUGUGACUCCAUUUUCUAUUUACAGUCCUCAUACUGGUUGGCAAGUUUAUAAAGAAGGAUUAGUCAGUGAAGUGAAGGUCAAGAGAUAA